GUGGCCUUCCUCAGUCACCAUCAUUAACCAGCGCCACUAAAGACAGCCUUUCCCUCUGUUAUAAGCAGCUCCCCCUGUCAUCAUCUUCCCUCCCCCCCUCAGGCCACACACAGAUUUCUUUCUAGUAUUCCUCCCGCAUUCUUUAUCUUUAUCUUUUUCCCUGGGUUCGAAAAUUGAAAACAACCCCCGUUUUGGUUCUCAGGUCCGUGUGUCUGGUCGGCCUGUCCGCAGUAAAGUUCCAAAAGAAACGCUUCGCUUCAACAGGAGAUAGCUCUCCAAUGGGGAAUCUUCAAACGUUUCUUCGGUACCCGAGAGGCAGCCCGUGAACUGAGGAUGAAGCUUUUGCGGGCUUGAGAUAGAGCACAAGCAAGAGAAGAGGAAAAGGAAGAAGCCCACAAAGAGCAGAGAGAGAGAGAGAGAGAGAUGCCAACAGUGUGGUUUGCUCUCAAGAAGUCACUACACUGUAAAUCAGAGCCAUCGGAUGUCCACGACCCAAAAACAAGAAAGCAACUGACCACGAUCUUGACCAAAAAGACAGGCCGGUCGGGUUGCUCGAGGUCCAUCGCCAACCUCAAGGACGUCAUCCAUGGAAGCAAGAGGCACAUGGCAGAGAAGCCGCCGAGCUGCAGCCCGAGAUCCAUCGGGAGCAGCGAGUUCCUGAACCCUCUAACCCACGAAGUCAUCCUCAGCAACACCAAAUGCGAGCUCAAGAUCACUGGCUACGGCAACGGGUUCCAAGACUCCGGCGCCGGCGGGGGCGUAGGGGGCGAGGGCGGCGGCGGCGGCGGGUCGACCUUCGUGGGGACUCUGACACCGGGGACGCCUAUGCAUUAUUUCAAUCCUUCGUUUAGGACAACCUCAGCAAACGGGGCAACUCCAAGGAAGGGGGGAUCUGUCUCGGGGGAAAGAGAAGGGUCUGGUGGCCUCGGUGGCAGAGUCGGCGGCGGCGGCGGCGGCGUCCGUUCUAGCAGUAGGGUGUCGCUGGAUGUUGACGCCAAUGGGAUCUCCAUCAUAAAUUGCCACAAGUGCGGAGAGCAGUUCACCAAAUGGGACGCUGCCGAGGCACAUCAUCUCUCCAAGCAUGCUGUGACUGAACUAGUGGAAGGGGACUCGUCCAGGAAGAUCGUGGAGAUCAUAUGCCGCACGGGGUGGCUGAAAUCGGAGAACCAAGGCGGCAACCGGAUCGAGCGGGUCCUCAAGGUCCACAACAUGCAGAAGACCCUGGCUCGGUUCGAGGAGUACCGCGAGGCGGUCAAGGUCAAGGCCAGCAAGCUCCCGAAGAAGCACCCGCGGUGCCUCGCCGACGGGAACGAGCUGCUCCGCUUCUACGGCACGACCGUGGCGUGCCCGCUGGGGCUCGACGGCUCGUCGAGCCUGUGCACGUCCGAGCGGUGCUGCGUGUGCCGGAUCGUGCGGCACGGCUUCUCGGUGAAGAAGGAAUCGAAGGGAGGGAUCGGGGUGUUCACGACGUCCACGAGCGGAAGAGCGUUCGAGAGCAUCGACGCGGUCGAGGACGUCCCGACGGUGAGGAAGGCCUUGAUAGUGUGCAGGGUGAUCGCAGGGAGGGUUCACAGGCCACUGGAGAACAUUCAAGAAAUGGCCGGUCAGACCGGGUUCGAUUCGUUAGCCGGGAAAGUGGGUCUGUAUUCGCACAUUGAGGAGCUGUACUUGCUCAAUCCUAGAGCUCUGCUUCCUUGUUUUGUGGUGAUCUGCAAACCCUGAAGGAGGAUUGUAAAGAGAAGGAAUGAUGAGCAAUUUGGAUUUAGCAAGUUCUUGAGUUGAAUUCUUUUGUUUGUUUUUGGGCUUUUAAUGAAAGCUUUGUGGGGUUUCUGGCAUAUCAUUCCUGUUGGCUUCAAAACCUCCUCUUGAACAUAUUUUGACUCGAUUCUUCUGCAAUUUGGGCUUUUUUUUGAAUCUUUUCAUUCUCGGUUAGAUCAAACAUGGAAUGGCCAGAAGCAAGCCUGUGUCCUAUGUUCUUCAAAAGAUUUGAAUAUUAUAGUAAUGUAUGGAUGUUUUAAAA